UCGAGUAGACAGCGUUCUUGCUGGCUGGAACUAGCCUAUAACGGUUCAAUCCAAUUGUAGGACCCAAAAACCUUCGCCACACAGGGCUAAAGAAGCAAGCACAUCAGUAAUUUGCGCGACGAGGGACGAAACAAGCGGAGAUUUGAAGAUUGAGAGACAGAGGGGGAUUGCAUAGCAGCUGUAAGACUAACACGAAGAUCCUAUUUUUCUCUCGCGGAUACUUUACGAAGCAUGACGACACCAUAGUGAUAUGACAACUCUCAGGGAGUGGCCCUCACACUGCCAACCAGAAGCAGCGCUUUCCAGACGCCCAAGAGCAGCCCCUUCGAGACCCAGCGGCCAGUCAUGACGUCCCCCCACGCCGACCGAACCUCACGCAGAUCCGUAUGACAGAGGUGUGGCAGGGACACACCACCGCGCACAACCCGAAAGCGAAAGACUUUAAGGCACACCUGUGGGAGAGCGACAAUGGAGGUGGAAGGACACCUGGCGACCGAUAGCCAGGCCAAGCCCUCGACACACGCCUGUGACCUCUGCGGCCGAACGUUCCCGUUCCUGGGCGCCCUCACCAAGCACAUGCUGAAGCACGCCAAGGACAAGCCCGCGAAGAAGGGCUCGCCGGACGCGGUCAAGCUCGAGAGCAGCCUGGGCCAGACCUCCACGGAGAUCCGAGGAGAGGAAGUGGAGGAGGAAGGGCAACGGGAGGAGGAGGUGAAGAAGAAAGAGGAGGAGGUGAUGGAAGGCGAGGAGGAGGAGAAGGAAGGAGGGGUGCCGGAGGAGCAGGAGGGUUGCUCCAGCCCCACAGAGAGCACCUCGGCGUGCAACCGAGUGGUCAACGGAGAGGAGAGGAGGAGGAGGAGGAAGAAGGACGCGGUCAAGUCCCAGAGGAAGGGACCGGGGAGGAAGGACAGGAGCGAGGGGAGUCCCUGCCCUCUGCGACAGAGGACACUCCGCAGCCAGACGGAGCAGGACCGGAGCUCGGCCGCCCCUCCCGACGCGGAGGAGGAGGAGGAAGAGGCUCCGCUCGCAUGCCAGCUGUGCGGCUUCAAGGCCUCCAGCAAGGAGCAGCUGCUCAGCCACGAGGAGAAGGUGCACCUCCCCUCGGAUGCCCUCGCCAGUGGGGAGGGCUCGCCAGACGAGGGAGCCCCAGCGGACGGGGAUCUCCCCCCAGCCGGGGAGUACCCCUGCGGGCAGUGCGACCAGGUCUUCACCCAGGCCUGGUUCCUCAAGUCGCACAUGAAGAAGCACCAGGGCCCCCUCGACCACGGCUGCCGGAUCUGCGGGCGGCGUUUCCGCGAGCCCUGGUUCCUGCGCAGCCACAUGAAGACGCACGUCAUCCGGGCCAAGCCCAAGGCGGGAAACCCCGAGGUCCCGGCGACCAUCAACGGGGUGGCCCAGGACGAGGCGGCGCUGGUGAACGACGUGUGUCUCUACGAACUUUGCGCCAAGUGCGGCAACUUCUUCCAGGACCGCCAGAGCUUGUGGUUGCACGAGCAGGUCCACGAGCGCGUCAGCGGAGGCCGUCGCGACGCGGAGAAAGAAAACGAGCCUCUGUCGAGCAACACUAGCGAAACCAAGACCCCCACGUCAAAGAAAGCUUUCCUGGAGUUCCUGAACCUCAGAGAAGCAGGCUCCACCGAGAAACCUCCAGAGGACUCCCAAGUGAGCCGGAUCCCCGAGCUCGACCCGAUAAGCAGCUACCAAGCCUGGCAGCUGGCCACCAGAGGCAGGGUGGUGGAGGCCACCGAGCAUAACCUGGGCUGGGAGGAGAGGCUGGCGGACGCGGACGUGGCCUUCGACCGGGAGAAGGGCGAGUAUGUCAUCUUGAAGCAGGAGAAGCGGAAGAAGCAGCAGCUUGUCGCUCCGAACGCUUCGAACACUUCCAACGCUCCGAGCGCCGCCAAGAAAAAACGAACGUCAAAUAACGGCGCCGCCGGGGCGGAGGAAAACGGACUCGGCUCCUCGGGAGACGUUAGCCCCGAGAGUCAUUCCGACUCGGAAUACCGCCCGACCGCCGCCGCGAACAGUCGCCGGCCUUCCCAGAACAAGACCUCGGAGUGCCUGGAGUGCGGCAAAGGUUUCCGCUCACAGCAGCAGAUGGUCAUCCACAUGCUGAUACGGCACGGAGGGGGCAGCGGUUUCGGAGACGGGAUGGAGUCAUCCGCCCCGAUAUUCAGGGACGCAGCAGCUCUCUCUUUCUUAACAAACACCGCGUUUAGGGAUCAGAAGCCGACUGGACAAACCAAAGACUCAGCAGACAAAAAGCCAUUGAGUGAUCGGCACUCAGCCUUCAAGCACAGCGCUGGCUCUUCCUCGUCCCACCAGCAGGGGUCAGCAUCGCAAAGCGACAGCGGCGGCGAGCCCGGCGCUGCCAGCCUCAGCCUGACCGGGGAGAGCGCCGAGGGCUCCUCGGUCCUGGACCCCGUCAAGCAGCCGGACGGCCUGGUCCGCCACCGGUGCCCGUUCUGCACCCACAGCACGCUCUACCCGGAGGUGCUGUGGAUCCACCAGCGGGUGGCGCACAAGGUCAACAGCACCAGCACGCUGGCGCCCAAGUGGGCCCUGCGGAACGGCUUCAAGGGCCCGCGCUCGACCCUGGAGUUCCGCCGGCGCACCGGACCGCCGCCCUUCCUGGAGGGCAAGGACUGCCCGACGCUGACCGAGACCCGCAAGCCGCGCACCCAGCCCCCGCAGCCACAGAGCCCUGCUGCUGCGAGCAGCGGCUCCAACACUGACCGCACCAGCACUAGUGAAUCCAGCCCCUCCCGGAACAGGGGACACCCCCUCAAAGCCUCCUCAUCAUCCUCCACCUCCACCUCCACCUCCACCUCCACCUCCACCUCCACCUCCACAUCAGCGUCCACUCCUUCCUCCAAACCCAAAACGAGCGGCAGCAGCAGCAGCGGUAGCCGAAAGCGACCCGCCGAUGCCCCGCCGGCCUCCAACCCCUCAGGGACCCCCAAGAAACCCUCGGCCCACGCGCCCAGCCCAAAGACAUCCAGCAGGGCCGCUGCCAGCAGCCUUCUGCCCCAGGAGGGCCUGCACUUUGUCCUGGCCAGCCAGCACGGGCACGAGGAGCAGGGCAAGGCGCCAGCAGCAGCAGCAGCGACCCCUUCCGCGCAGCGCAGGGGCGACUCUCCGGCCACGGCGCCGACCUCCGCGGCGGACUCCUCCCUCCAGAACUCGUCCGGGAGGGCGCUGGACACCCUCGGCGGUUACCCGGUGGGAGACGGCUCUCAGCUGGACGUCCUGAGCUUCUUGAAGAACUGCAGCCCCACAGAGCUGGCUGCCCUUUACCACCACUGGGGCCUUGGCACCAACGCCGCCAUGCUGGAUCAAGCAGGAGUGGCAAGGUCCCUGUUUCAGCAGAUGAAGUAUGUUUGCCCUGUGUGUGGGAAAAGCUUCAGCCAACCCAGUCACUAUCGGACCCACAUGAGAUCCCACACAGGUGAGAGGCCGUUCCGCUGCCGCUACUGCCCCUACAGCGCCUCGCAGAAGGGGAACUUGAAGACGCACGUUCAGACGGUGCACCGCGUGGCUUUCGACAACACCAGCUACUCCGACGGCCGGCUCCGACGGGAGGCUCAGCCCGAGGAGGAGGACGCCACCACCGCCACCGCCGAGGCCCACGGGCCCUCCACUGCCCAGGACCACCUGGAGGCCGAGGCUGCCGACUCGGAGGGCCUCUCCGAAGGUCUGGGCUGAGGCGGCCUUCACACACACACCCUCAAUGGGAGAGACUUCCUCCCUGCCCUUCCCCUUUAACAGAUAAACUCUUCUGCUGGUGUUUCCUGGAUGUCAGUCAAAACCUCCACAUUCGAAGAUGUCUCGCAAACACUUAAAGACACUGAUGUGAUUCACACUGUUUCUUCUAGCUGAAUGGACUGCGGACAAGAGGAGAGAGCGAAUGCUCUUCCUGUUUGACUGUCACUGAUUUGAACUAUGGUGUUUUACGACAAACACACCAUUCCCCAUCCCCCCCCAUAACCUAGGAUAUGUAAUACUUGAGAAUAAUGAAGAACUCAAUACACUGCUGAAAUAGUGGUGGAUUGGAGGGUCCUGUGUAUGGAAAUUCAUGUGACGUGAAUUCCAGAGACUCUGACUUGAAGACUGUGGACCUGUAGACUUUUUUUGAAUAUUGGAGUGCUUACUGUUGACUCCCAGCUUAAAAAAAAACAAACAAACGAAUGGUAGCCAUAGCGUGAGUGAGUAGAUUUGCUAGCGUGGGAAGACAAGCUAGUGACUUCCUCCUUUGUAAACCUCAGGAUUAUUCUAUUAGUAAAACACGAUUCCAAAGCCUGUACUCUUAAAACACUGCUUGUGAACAAGCGGGGAAAUGUUGAACGUUUUGAUACACACACUGGCUGUUACUUGACUGUACUUUAGUCAUUUUCCUCCUUUUGUAGUCCUGUAUAAGAGUGUACUUCUCAGAUCAGUCCAUUCGGUCCAUGGCCAUGUGAAGGUUUCUUUGAACAAUUCAUCCACACUCCAGUGUGUACGAAGUCCUGCAUUAAUUGUUAAUGCGUGAAAGAAAUUCCUAAUGCGUUUCAAGACUUGUGAGAAUGAGUCUGCAUUUUCAUUAACAAAGGUUCGGUCCAUCUGUGGAACAUUUUGGUUGAUCUUUGACGUUAAUAUGUAGUAUCACCAUUACAUACUAUUAGCACGUAGCAAGACUACCAUAUACUCUGGCUAGAUUGUAAAAGCAUUCCGAAUUUUGUUCAGAAUUACUUAACGCUGGUGUCGUAACUCCAUCCGUCGGUAUGUUGUGUGGUGGAAUCUGAAAUGGUCUCGCACUAAUGAAAAGGGUUUUGAGUGUUAUUUUAAAACGAAAGGUUUUGAUUUUUGACAAUGUCCCAGGGAUCAAUUAAUUAAUAAACCUUUUUUUGAGUUUGUUUUCAGUGUUAGCGUUUAGUUUACUGGACUAUACUGGACCAACACUGACCUCAUCAUGGAGGAAGCGAAGGUCUGACCUCAUGUUAGGACUUGAAGCCAUUGUGAUAGUGAAUUUAUGAGGAUUUUCUUAAUGUACAUAGCUGUUAGUUUGUACAAUGAUUCUAUGAGUUACUACAUGAUAGCGUGACCUACUAACUAAUCUGAAAAGACUGAAGGGCAUUACAGAAACAUAGUUUUUACAAGAUGAAUGCUGUAAGUUGAGUUUUGAUGUACAAACAGUCAUUUUUACUCAAUAUAGCUGUUCUGUCUUUUUUUAGACAGGUUCCCCCGUGUUAAUACAAGGAUUUAAUUGAUUGAUCUAAUUAUAGUGAAAGAGUGGAUAAAUAUUAUUAUUUUCAAAAACACUAACACACAACGGUUGCUUCCAUCGACAUUGUAUCUGAUUUUUAUGUUUCAAAUUGAUGGUAGGCUUUGUUUUUAUAUAAAAUAGAGGCAGAGCAGCCACUGUUUCCCUUUACAAGUAUCAAAUAAAUGAAUGUUGUGUUUUUUUUUAUAGAUGGAUUAGGCUGUAGCAUCGGAAGUCUUUGUUUUUGAUUAGGCCUUGUUUUUUAUUUAGACAGUUGUUUCACUCAGACAUUGUAUGGUCAUGGUCCAGACAAACAAAAGGUCCCUCUUUCUGUACAGUAUCUUGUAUUACUUGAAUAUUGUUAUGAUUUUGAAAUAUCCUUCAAAUAAAGAUUACCACCCCCUC